AUGUCCUUUCUUUCAUAUGAUUUGGUAGAGGAGAUACUCUCUAGGGUUCCGGCUACAUCUCUAAAACGAUUAAGAUCUACUUGCAAACAAUGGAACACAUUAUUCAAUGAUCAUCAGUUCAUCAAGAAGCACGUUGAUAAAGCACCAAAGGAGUUUAGGGUUAUCAUGUAUGCGAAUUCUAGGGUUUAUUCAAUGAGUGUCGAUCUCCCGGGGAUGCAAAACAGCAUUGGUCCAUCUAUAGAGAUUAAAGGUGAACUUGGCCUACUUGACGAUAACUUAGAAAUCUUUCACUGCAACGGAUUAUUGCUAUGCACCAAGGAUAAUGAAGAUUGA